UUCGAAAAAUCAGAAGAUUCCAGCACCAACACCUUAAAUAUGCACAGAUACCAGGAAACAAAGCGCAGACACCGCUCUCGGUCUCUAAUCCUUUCAUAGAGCUCCGAUUUCCUACCAAAAAUGGAGAAGAUAAAGCACAAAUACUUGGAAGUAAGGGGGCUCAAACUUCAUUUCGCCGAGAUCGGAGAAGGUCCUGCUGUGGUGUUCCUACAUGGAUUCCCCGAGAUAUGGUAUUCGUGGCGGUAUCAGAUGAUUGCAGUAGCUAACGCUGGAUUUCGAGCAAUAGCUCCUGACUACAGGGGCUAUGGUCUCUCUGAAAAGCCGGCAGAACCAGAGAAAGUAACAUUCAGAGACCUUGUUGAUGAUCUACUUGUGCUCCUUGAUUCACUUGGUAUCCCCAAGGUUUUUCUUGUUGCCAAGGACUUUGGACCUCGACCAGCUUACCACUUUGCACUCCUUUAUCCAGACAGGGUCUCAGCAGUUGUGACCCUAGGUGUACCAUUCAUGGUCACUGGUCCAGAAGGAAUCUCUCUAGAUACCCUCCCAAAAGGCUUCUAUUUCUUGAGAUGGCGGGAGCCAGUGAGAGCUGAAAAGGACUUUGGCCGCUUUGAUGUCAAGACUGUGGUGAAAAACAUAUAUAUCCUCUUCACAAGAAGUGAAUUACAAGUAGCUAGCGAGGAUCAGGAGAUAAUGGACUUGGUUGAUCCAUCCACGCCGCUUCCCCCCUGGUUCACCGAGGAAGAUCUUGAAAACUAUGCAGCUCUAUAUGAGAAAUCCGGUUUUCAAACUGCACUGCAGGUGCCAUACAGGGGUUGGCUCGAAGACUAUGGAGUUGAAGAUCAGAAAGUGACAGUUCCGGCAAUGCUGAUCAUGGGUGAAAAGGAUUAUGUAUUAAAAUUUGGGAGAUUAGAGGAGUACAUAAGGAGUGGUAUAGUCAAAAAAUAUGUUCCUGAUUUGGAGGUAGUGUUCAUACCAGAGGGAAACCAUUUCGUCCAAGAGCAGUUGCCUGACCAGGUGAACCAGCUCCUUAUCACUUUCCUCAACAAGCACAUUUGAUCAAUCACCCUGCUAAUACUUUCCAAAGGAUUGGGAGGCACUACCAUUCUCAACUUCCUAUGUAUUAAUGUGGUAUAUGGAUUGAAUUUCCUUUCUAUGUUUUCCUUUUGAGUAGUCUUUGUAUAUUGAAUAAGGAAUGACUACAGUAUCAAAAGAGGCGUUGUAUAGAAAAUUAUUACUUUUAAAAGUUAAGUUACAGUUUUUUUACGGUCUCAAGUUAUAAUAUUUUGUGAUCGAUCAUGAAAAAUAAAAUUUUUAAAGGUCAAAUUGCACCUUCUAGCCAAUGUUAUUUAUGAUCGAACACAACAUUUGUGAUCAAACAAGUGUUAUGAGCGGUUAUGUACAGUUAUAGCUUAUCAUUUG